UGCCCCAUGUUUCAUUACGGACACAAACACACCAGAAAAUAAAUCAAUAAAGUCCUGAGAAAUUCCUAUAAGAUGUCUCUAUGUCUUUAUCUCCAGAUAUUAUCCCUCUUCAAGGAGGCUUUUGUGUGAGUUUUGGAGUGAGGGGCCCUGAAACAUCUUGUUCAGCUCCAUGGCUGGAAGAAGACACACAUUCAUCCUCCUCUCCCUUUCUCUUCUAUUCCUCCUCCUCUGUCUCUUCACUCGUCCAUGUGUCUGCGGUCCUGCCCGGUCCCCUCUUCUCGCUGGCCAGCCUUUCCUGGUGUUAUGGGGGGUUCCAGACAAAGACUGUUUGGGUCGGCCAGACCCAUCUGCAUUUGGGAUGGAGUGGGAAGGCCGUGUGGCAACAUUUUAUGAGGACACGCUAGGACUUUACCCAUAUUUCACUGCACAGGAUCGGCCUGUCAACGGUGGCCUACCACAACACACCAGCCUUGACAUUCACCUCCAGAGGGUGGAGGGCGACCUGACGGCCUCGUUACCCCAGGCAGGAGCACCUGGUUUAGGAGUGCUGCGCUGGCAGGAGUGGGCGCCUCAGUGGAACAGGAACAGGGGAAUAAAAAAUAAGUAUCUUGUGGAAUCGAGGGCACUUCUCCGGGGAUUUUUUCCAGACUGGAGCACAGAGGAAGUGGAGAAAUGGUCUCAGGUUGACUUUGAAGCAGCAGCACAGUCCAUAAUGAUGGAAACCCUGCGGGAGGUGAAGAGACUCCGCCCACAAAGAUUAUGGGGAAUAGCCCCAUAUCCUAACUGCUAUAACUUUGACUCCACCCAGAUAGCAUUAGCCAAUUACACGGGACGGUGCCCUGCGGCAGAAAUGGCCCUUAAUGAUGAGCUGAUGUGGCUCUGGAAGCGAAGCGGUGCCCUCUAUCCAGCCCUCUUGCUGGAGAAGCUGCCAGAGGGAACCAAAGGGGCAUGGCUUUACGCAACCAAUCAGAUCAGGGAGGCUUUACGAGUGGCGGCUCUUGCAGGGACUACCUUUGAUCUUCCCGUGUUUCCACUGAUCAAGAUUGUGUACACCUCCUCCAACUCCUUUCUCUCAGAGAUUGAUCUGGUGAACACAAUUGGAGAGAGUGCUGCUAUGGGAGCAUCUGGAGUCAUUAUAUGGGAAAAAUCCUUAGCAGUUAAAACACAGAAAUCCUGCUCAGAGUUCAGCUCGUAUGUUCGUCAGGUUCUCGGCCCAUAUGCUGUUAAUGUGACCACUGCAGGACGUCUCUGUGGAGUCUCGUUGUGUCAGGGCCGUGGACGCUGUGUGCGUAAGAAACCUGAGGACCCCACAUACCUGCAUCUCCCUUCAGCCCACUUUAUGCUUCUCCCAAAUGGGGCAGAAGGUGUCCGGGCCACCGGAGAGCUUCCCACUGCUUACAUAGACCUCUGGAAGAAGGACUUCCGCUGCCAGUGGUUUGAAGCCUUGGAGGGUGCAGCAGCAGAUCAAGAAUCUGGCGUGGUGCUGGUAAACCGAGGGAAAAUAACAUCACCAGCAGUAAAAACAGUGGUUGGUAUAAGCCAGAGUCAGGGUACAGUGGUUCCAGUGAUUCCAGUGACAGCAGUGCCUACCAAGCAGCCAGUGGACGGUGGAAAUGCUGUACUUAUUACACCCACCAUCUUUCUCUCCUCACUGGUUCUUCAUUAUGUUUGACGAGUAGAGAGCUGGAGUGUGAAGGAACUUUUGUGAACCUCAGUUGGCCUUGAUUUUGAUCGCUAAUUGCUAAAAGAAUUGUAAUAUAAACACCCAAAGGAAUAUCUCUGAGAACAGCUUCUGUGAAAGACAAUCUCAGAGAUUUAAAUUCACAAUCUGAACACGACUGAAUAAACAGAUCUGUUCCGCAUCACCUGCACUUGAAAAUUAUCUAUAUAACUUAUAUGGAUACAGUUUUUUUUAAGGGAUAGUGCUAUCAUUGAUCCUCCACUAUGGAUUUGUUCUGUUGAACACAAAAGAAGAUAUUUUGAAGAAUGUUGGUAACUACAGUUGAAUGUAGACACUGACUUCCAUAGGAUGGGGAAAAAACUCUGCACCAUCAACUGUUUGGUUCCCAACUUUCUUCAAUAUUUUUUGCGUUCAACAGAAAAAACUCAUUCAGGUUUGGAACAAGUGGAGGGUGAGUACCCUAUCCCUUUUAUCUACAUACAAAAUGACCCUGAAUGGUUUUUGAAACAAAAUGAUCUACCUUCUAGAAUAUUUUUUCCCCUGACAUUUUGGUGUUAUAUCUUUUACUUGGAUGUUAUUAAAGGGGAGUGAUUCUUUUCUAUACCCACUUUAUAUAUUAUGUCAAACCUGCGUAAGACUUGUGGCGGGACAGUGAUAGCACAAUCAUAAAAUGUCCUGAAUGCAGCUGAGCCGGGGUGUAACUGGCCUCUAUCUGUCUAAACUAAAAUCUUAUCAAAUGUUUAGUUUCUGUUUGAAAGAAAUCAGCCAAGUUUACACAUUAUCCGAGCAGUCUGUCCCAAACAAAACCAUCCUCCAUAGUGAAAA